GAACAACACGGACAUGAUUAUUUUAGCGCAUUCGGGUCCUGGCUGGGUUGCGUUUGUGUGAAUUGCUCCUGACCCGAGGUCAAACGUGUCUCUGACGGGUGAAGGUUGCUGUCAGAACAGUUUCGGGGCGAACUUCGCUCAGGUUGCCCCGCGGCGGAAGUUGUGCUGAGAGCAGCGCUGCGCCGUGAGAGCUGAGCGAGCUAACACCGGAACCACCGGAGGACGGGCUUGGUUUUCAUCUAAUGCCACUCUUUUCGACGCUAUGUCGAAACGUGUGCUGCUGUUGGAGUCGACUCUAUAGCGGGAGACUGCGUGUAGCAGGCCUGAGUGAUGUGAGAGGCUCUGUUCGAAGCGUUAGCACGCUAGCAGACAGGCUAGCCUGCGUGCUACCACCAACAACACCACCCAAAGUUGUCUUAAAUUCACUCUCUUCUCCUGCCUCUGGACGUCGAACGUACUCUCGGAGUAGAUGCUUUUGAGCGCUAAAAGGAGCCGGUGAUUUUUCCCUGUGUUUUGGCCGUCGACCACUCGGUAGUCGACAUCCCACCUAGCCGGUACAGUUAGCUUAGCAUCUAGCAAACUGGACAAGACGUUGGAUCUGGUGGGCUUCAAAUCGGGCUCGGGCGGUCCACUGACGCCCCAGAAGAAGAUGAAGAAGCGCAAGGAGUUAAACGCGCUGAUCGGACUCGGAGACAGCAAGAGGAAGAAGGCCAAAAAGGGCUCCGGUCACAGACUCCUGCGAACCGAACCUCCGGGAUCUGAGUCGGAGUCCAGUUCGGAAGAUGAGUUCAGCAACAUGAGCAGCGGCGCUAACUUCGGGAAGAGGAGCUACGCGCAGUGCUGCAGUGUCUGCUACCCCUUGUUUCUGUUUAUCAUACUAGCUGCGUGUGUCAUGGCUUGUGCCGGCCUCAUAUGGAUGCAGAUCGCUCUGAAAGAAGAUCUGGAUUCCAUGAAGGAGAAGUUGCACAGCAUGGAAGCCAGCCAAAAAGUGUCCGCAGGUGAAAUACCAAAGUUGAGUGAGGACUUGAAAAGCAAAGACAGGAGGCUGGAAGACAUUGAAAAUGGUGACAAGGGAUUAAACAGACUGUGGUCCAACCUCACAGAAAUCAACAGAAAGAUUAGCCUGCUGGACUCUGCUGUGAGCCACCUGAAGGCCAAUUUGAAAUCAGCGUCAGACUUGAUCAACCUUCCCACCACCGUGGAGGAGCUCCAGAAGAGCGUCGCGACCAUCGGCAGCACGCUGACGAGCGUCCAGCACGACGUGAAGACGCUGCAGACCUCGCUGGAGACUCGGAGGAAUCAGGACGGGGAGCUGCAGAAGGCCAUGUGUCCAGCUCUUCUGUCUCCACCAGAGGAGGUGACGGAGCUGAGGAAAGCUGUCAGCGCGGCCAACAGGACGGAGGAGAUGCACCACACGUGGACGGACGAGCAGAUCCACCUCCUCCUCUCGACCGUGGCCGACCUUCACCAUCGAGUGGCGUCGCUGGAGAACGGCUCCAAACCCAGCUCACAUGACGGUGAUGCAGAGACGCUGGCCACAGCGGCUCCCGAGGACGUCCCAGCGGAGCGCUCCACCCCGCUGCCUGAGCCACGGACCAGCCGACAUCCGCGCUCGGCGAGAGACGCCCGCUGCACCACGGUGUUGCUGCCUGGUGUCCACCGUCUUGAAGACCUGGUGAAGGUGUUCCAGCGGGCCGGUGACGGGACAGAGUCCACGGGACUCUCCUACCGGGAACUGAGGAAAGUCCUUGGCGUGUCCACGCCGGGGCCUCUGGCCCUGCGGUGCUUUGACAGCGACGGCGAUCAGAGGUUCACCCUGAAGGAGCUGAGCGCUGCUGCGCGCUUGUGAGGACCGGACCCUCCUCUGAGAGUGGAGCGUAGACUCGGGCUACUGAAAAUCCUCACCCCAGGUUGCUGUUACACCGUUUUCACCCACUUUAUUUGAGUGUUUUCUGCAGACCAGGAGUUUAACCAGGGUUUCCUGCAGUGGCCUUUAUAUGUAGGUCACCUUCUCACCUGGUUCAGCUCAGCCCACAUUGCUGAGCGGAGACUUUUACAAUGUUUACAAGGGACUUGUAGACGCAGUUUGUCAAGUUAGAUUUCGACGUUUAGAAACCCAAGCCCUGUUUUCCUGCUAGAAUGUUCCUCUGAAGGGCUACGACACAGUGAGUUGUACCACACCAGGCAAAUGUAGCGACCACCAGUACGCGCACUGACUCUCUCUCUCCACUUGAUUCUGUUUUUACUGUCUCCACCACUCAAGUGGCUGGACGGGUUUAUCUGCUUUAAUAUUGUACAGUUUUAAAACGUAUAUCUUUGCAUGUUGCUCAGAUGUAACAUGUGUAAAUUAUUUAUGAUUGUUGGUUGAGGUCAACUUUGAUGUCAAUCUCUGGAUCUAUGUGGAAAGGUUGAAAGGAUUUUUGCACCGUGCCACGCCAACGUGUCAUUACCUCUUUGGUCUUGAAGUGGCUGGGACACUGGAGCGAUGGGACGAGUUGACUGCUGUCAUGGACGAAUGACGUCCUCUCCUCAUUGUUCGUCAGAACUCGCCUCACUUGCAGAAGCACUGUCAAGUGAAGCCGCUCCACAACACUCUGGCUCAAGUCUCGGUCUGGAAAAGAGUGAAGCGGUGAGGCCGCGACCCAGCAACAAAUCGCUGGCUGAAAACGACAACUUUGUGUGAUUCAAUAAAGAGUUGAAAUCGUGCUUCUUGACGUUACAUUUUAUUCUGACAGUGAAUACGAUGAAGACUCAUUCCCCAUCCACGGCGCCGCCGUCACGCCAGCACCCCCUUUGCUCGCCAGUCUCUUGAUAACAGGCCAAGAAGCUCCUCUUCGUCG